GUGAUUUCUGGUAUUUGAUUUGAAGCAUUCUUCUCCGGCUAACUUCUCACUAGGGCUUUUGAGAGAGAAACCUUCCGAUUCCAAAGGCUCAUCCAUCGCAGGUCUUCAUUCCGGCGAGCGAGCAGAUCGAAUCGCAACUCCAAUGGCACCACCUCCUCCGGGACCUUACUCCGGCGGCAGCACUCUUGCCCUGGUUGCUCGCGUAUCUGCGUUCUCUGUGGGUCUCGUCUAUGGCAGCUUGAAGCUCAAGUAUCUCAAGGCACAGGUUAAAUCACAGAAGAAAGCUGAAGCAAAGGCAGCUGCUGCUGCUGCUAAGAAACACUGAUUGAGAGAGGGAAAGGAAGAUGCUGCUCUUCCUAAGGAUGUUUUCGUGUUUAGGACUCGAGUUUACAGUAGGAAAUAAUCCAUGUUGACAAUACCAUUUACCUGUCUUUCAAUCCGGUGUUAAAAUGCCCUUUUCCAGAACAUGGCGAUUUGUAGGCUGCCACUAAUGGAGUUGUCUACACUAUAUUUUUCUCUAGUUUACCGAGUAUUGGAUUGAUUUUCACUUGAUUGUUGCUUAAUGGUACGGUUCAUCUCCUGUUUAUUGCUCACUACACCUUACGACGACCAAAGCAUGCGCCUGCUGGAACCAUUCCUUUCGUCUAAUCAAUCUUGAAUCAAAUCGUUGAUC